AUGAAUUAUACUCAUUGGCAACUUUUACAAAACUUGCAAAAUUUUUCCCUCUCUCUCUUCUUCUCCUUCUCUAUGUCACAUUUUAUCCCUCCUCUUUCUAUUUCCCUCUCUCUCUUCUUCUCCUCCUCUAUGUCUCAUUUUAUUCCUCCUCUUUCUAUUUCCCUCUCUCUCUUCUUCUCCUCCUCUAUGUCUCAAUCUAUUCCUCCUCUUUCUAUUUCCUUCUCUCUCUUCUUCUCCUUCUCAAUGUCUCAAUCUAUUCCUCCUCUUUCUGUUUCCUUCUCUCUCUUCUUCUCCUUCUCUAUGUCUCAUUCUAUUCCUCCUCUUUCUAUUUCCCUCUCUCUCUUCUUCUCCUUCUCUAUGUCUCAAUCUAUUCCUCCUCUUUCUAUUUCCCUCUCUCUCUUCUUCUCCUUCUCUAUGUCUCAAUCUAUUCCUCCUCUUUCUGUUUCCUUCUCUCUCUUCUUCUCCUCCUCUAUGUCUCAAUCUAUUCCUCCUCUUUCUAUUUCCCUCUAUUUUUCUUUCUAUACAUCAUUCUCAAUUUAUCAGUCUAUUCCUUUCUAUUUGCCUCUCUUUCUAUCUUUUUUCCUGUCUAUUUUAUUUUCUAUUCCUCAUAACUGUUAUCAAAAUUUAUCUCUCCCCCUCUCUCUCUCUCUCCCCCUCUCUCUCUCCCCCUCUCUCUCUCCCCCUCUCUCUCUCUCUCAUUAA